AUGACGCAAGAAACUGUUGAUAAGGAAAAAAAUUGGAAAAUCCUAAACUCUGUGCAAGUGCCACCUCUGCGUAAUUUUCGCGAAUUCUUCGCUGACAUGUCAAGAUUUGAGAUCCCACCAUUUUGUGAUUUGGCAAAGUGGAAUAAUCGUAUGUUGAGCAAUUUAUUAUAUUAUCAAACAAAUUAUUUCGCUUUUAUGUCACUUGUCAUAUUGUUUUGUGCAUCAAUACAAUUGCGUGACGUUUUAAUUGGAUUGGUUGCUAUCAUAUCUGUGGCUGCUGUGCUCAUAUUUUCUCUUUCGUCAGAUCCCACGUUCGUACAGACACGUCACGAUCACACAUUCAUCACGUUGGGUGCUAUGUUGUUGUCAUUUUAUUUUUUCGUUUAUGCUAUAGUUCCAGUUGUGACAGUACUCUUUACAUUUUCACUUCCACUGUUGUUAGUUUUGGUGCAUGCAUCAACCCGCCUUAGAGGUUUUAAAGUUAAGUUCAAUCAUCAAUUCGAGCGAAUCGGCUUGAAGCACACAGUUAUGGCCUGUUUGUUGGAGCGAUGUGGUAUUGAACUGAAGAUAUGA